CAUCGGCUCCACGGCCGCUGGAAAUGCCGGUGCACAAGUCUUUACUCCUCUUUCUCAAAAAAAAAAAAGUCUUUCCUCCUCCGGGACGGUGGCGGCGGUCCCAUCCGACGCGGAGCGCAUCGCUGGCACGCCACCGGAGACGGACAGCCGCGACAGCUCCACCACCCGUCGGCUGCGCCACCUUCAGCAAUGCAUUCCGCCGCCUCCACCACUACCGCCGCCUUUGCCGCCGCCGCCGUCUCUACGCUCCUGUCGCGAUGCCGCUCCCUCGCCGCCGUCAAGCAGCUCCAUGCCAACCUCCUCGCACGUUCAAACCGCCCAUUUCCCUACAACCAUUUCCUCUCUAAGCUCCUCUCCCUCUCCUCCUCCUCCUCCGCCGCCGCCGCCGACUAUGUCCUCCUCCUCCUCUCCUCCCACCCGGCCCCCACCGCCUUCUCCUACAAUGUCGCGCUUCGCUUCUUCGCCUCGUCGCGCCCGGACACCUCCCUUCGCCUCUUCCUCAGCAUGCUCCGCGCCGAGCUCCGACCCGACGCCUACACCCUCCCUUUCCUCCUCCUCGCUGCCGCUCGCUGCCCGUCCCCAGCCGUCGCCCGCUCCGCCCACGCUUUCCUCGAGAAGCUCGGUCUCAGGGACCACGACCACACCGUCCACUCCCUCAUCACUAUGUACUCCUGCCUCGGUGAUCACCUCACCGCUCGCAGGGUGUUCGACGGAAUUCCCCACCGGGAUGUCGUCUCUUGGAACUCUAUAAUGAAAGCAUACGAGCGGGCAGGUAUGGUGGCCGAGGUUGAAGGGAUGUUCCGGUCGAUGGUCACUGAGGGUGCAGUGGCGCCAAAUGGUGUGACUCUGGCAGUUGUGCUCACAGCUUGCAGGGACGCUGGCAAUUUGGUGCUUGGGAAGUGGGUGGAGGAGUGGGUGAGGUCUGCCGGGAUGGAGGUGGACUCGCUCAUUGGGUCAGCACUUGUGGGGAUGUAUGAGAAGUGUGGAGAGAUGGAAGAGGCACGGCGUGUGUUUGAUGGCAUCAGCAACAAGGAUGUUGUGGCAUGGAAUGCCAUGAUCACUGGGUAUGCGCAAAAUGGCAUGUCAAAUGAAGCAAUAGCCUUGUUUCACAGCAUGAGGGAAGCUGGGCUGCGUCCGGACAAGAUAACCUUGGUCGGUGUCCUCUCAUCCUGCGCUGCAGUUGGUGCACUGGAGCUUGGAGUUGAACUGGAUGGGUAUGCCUUGCACAGAGGCCUCUACAGCAAUGUCUAUGUGGGAACAGCCUUAGUAGACAUGUAUGCUAAAUGUGGAGAUCUUGAGAAAGCCACAUAUGUUUUUGGAAAGAUGCCAUUCAAAAAUGAAGCCUCAUGGAAUGCAUUGAUCUGUGGGCUUGCCUUCAACGGUCGAGGCUAUGAUGCCAUUCAGCAGUUUGAACUAAUGAGAAAUGAGAAAGGACUCCAGCCAGAUGAUAUCACAUUCAUAGGUGUGCUUUCUGCUUGUGUACAUGCUGGGCUACUUGAGUAUGGCCGCCGUUUGUUCAGUUCCCUGACACCUGUGUUUAAGAUCAUUCCUAAGAUUGAGCACUACUCCUGUAUUGUUGAUUUGUUGGCACGUGCUGGUCAUUUAGAAGCAGCAUGGGAUUUUAUUGAGAAAAUGCCUGGCAAGGUAGAUGCUGUCAUGUUAGGUGCUUUGCUUGCUGCUUGUCGGAAAUGCAAGAAUGCUGAGGUUGGUGAGAAGGUCAUCAACAGGAUUAUGAAGUUGGAGCCAACAAACUCAUGGAACUACGUGGUGUCAUCCAAGAUUUAUGCAACCUCGGAUAAAAUGGAUGAAUCUGCAAGAAUGAUAGGGCUAAUGAGGGAGAGGGGUGUUAACAAGACUCCAGGGUGCAGCUGGGUUGAGGUUCAUGGUAAAGUCCUUGAAUUCUAUGCAAGCACUGAACCACAGCAUGGUGCAGAAGAUAUGUAUCAACUCAUGGGCAUACUGGUAAAUGAGAUGAGACUAGAGGGAUAUGUUCCAAACCUCGAUCUGGUGUAGCACACAAAUAAAGCAUAUUUCCUCUUCUUGAAACGAAAGGAAGGACCUCUGUAAUUCACAGGAGGAGAAAAUCGCGAAAUGAAAUAAACAGAGGAACAAAAACAGCAGCAGCCAACAGUAUGAUGGGAUACCAUGCUAGAGCUCAAUAGCUGAUACUUUCUGCCUGAUUUCAACUUCUUCCUUAAUGCAGUCAACCAUUUGCAGAAUACCAAGCAAAUCAUUAUUGAGAGUUAUGUACCUUCUCACUUGUUCAAUGAAGUGUCGAAUGUAAUCUCUCAUUUAGCUCUUGGGACCUUUUUAUGGUCUACUUCCCACAACCAAGUCAGGUUGUUCCUCAGCUGGGAAGGUAAUAGAGUCCAGUUACACCAUGGAGCUCCUUAGGCCCUGUUCGGUUACGUCGGAACGGGCUGGGAACGGUGCGAAACAGUUCCUGACUAGUUCAAAAUUGCGAACUCUGUGGCUGGGAAUCAUUCCCGUAAAACCGAACGAGGCCUAAAUCUGCCCAUGAUUUUUAAUGGUACAGGACAAGGUAUGUCAAUGAUAAGGCCCUUUUGGCAAUAUACAUAGCCGGUACCUCUACUGGCUACUCAGAUCUGCAGUACUUUGAGGAACUAUAGCAGUGAUAUACGACCGAAAAGGGUGGACAUCUCUGCGAUCCAAACGCUGGAUGUGUUUUCAAGGCAUCGAGAGUGUCCACAUUGACAUUCGCUGUCAGCCACUUUUUACAAGCCCUGAAAUGUGAUGACUGGUUUGAUGCAGUUCAGUAGUUCAUUGCUGAAGAACAACUGAGGUUGGUUUCCAUUUCAAAGUAUUCCAUGGAUGAGCUUGUGCAUAUUUCCAAGGGAACAAACAACAUAGGGCAGUUUCUCCUGUGCGGCUGUGCCAAGCACCCAGGCCUCUAGUCUCUUCGUGCAAAUAUACUGAUGUAUAUGUAUGCAUUUGAAGUUGAUCAGCUGCUUAGUUGCUUGUGUUGUUCAUUCUGUAAUUCUAACCCAUUGACCUGGUCGAGCUAAGUGGUGUGCGUCCUUCAUUUUUCCUUCACCAGACUAUACGAUGUGAGCUGCUUCUUAAAAAAAUAUAUUCUAUGAUAAAUGUAAUGAUA